AUGGUGAAACAUUUAUCCCAAUCAAAGAAGAAGAAGACGAAUAAGGCUCAGAAGAUUGUUUUAUCCAGUGAGUCUACUGAAGAGGAUGAGCACGUACCAGAAACUCCAUAUGUCACCUCUAUUCUUAGAAGCUCAAUUCCAGAGACCACUGUCAUAUUCACCGCUGAAGUUUCGAUUCCCAAGUCACUUGUUGAGGAGGUACGAACUUCAGGCUUGGGUGAAAAUGUUUCGAAGGAUGCAGCUCAAGGUCCAUUUAUAUCUACUCCUUUUGAAACAUUUGUUUCUGUUCCACCAACAUCAACCAUUCCUCCUACUUCAACUACUAUAUCUCCAACCUUUGAACACAUCCUCAAUCAUACAAUCACUUCCAUGUUCUCCUCUCAAUCAACUGAUACCCCUAAACCAACUUCACCCACUGAAACUGAUCAUGAAGGGUUUGGAGGAACAUUUGAGGACUUGGAAUUUCAAGAUGACAAAGAAGAUUUCCCUGAUCACAUGAUCAUGACCAUAAAACAAUACAAGAUUUUGAAUCAAAAGUUGAACUCCAUUAUUCAAUCUCAAGCUGAUCUUGGAGGAGGUUCAUCCAUUUCUAGUUUGGAGGUUGAUUCAAUGUUAAAGGUGUGUGAGUCCAGAAUAAUUACUAAAGUUUCAGGGAUGUUAAAGGCUUCAGAGACUGUGCUUAUGGAGAAGGUUGACUAUUCAGAUCAAACAACUGAGCUAUGUCUAAAAAAUCAAAGAUCUGAUUUUCUGGGAGAAGUGAAAGAAGGAGUGAUGAAGUUGUUGCAAGAGCUAAAGGAGAUAUCCACAAAACUAGCUUCAUCUCCCUUGAUUACUAGUGAAUUUUUUUCACAAAAAGUUGUUCAAUUUGAAGCCAUUCUAAACAAGCAACUUGCUCCACCCUUUCGCAUAUUCAGUCUUCUUCCCACAACAAUUGCCCCUCCUGUUUUCACAGGGGUGCAGGGGGGAGAAAGGAAGUCAAUAGAAGAAGAAAUGAAAGUUGUGGGCAAGGUUCCAUACCUCGGAGGCAUGUUCCAGGUUCUUGUGGAGGAGGCGCACAAAUCUCGAUUCUCCAUUCAUCCCGGGGCGACGAAGAUGUAUAGGGAUCUUCGUCUUGAUUAUUGGUGGCCGUGCAUGAAGCGGGAUGUAGCAUGGUAUGUGGAGCGGUGCUUGACCUGCAGGAAGGUCACGGCCGAGCACUAG